AAGGAGAAAAAAUAGUUUAGUCCCAAUAUUGAGGCAGUCCAUCAUUCUUCCGUGCCUCGCUGUUGUUGUCACUGGGGAGUUGGUGCUUCGGGCCGCCCUUCUCUUCUCACAAAAUGAAGCCCAUUAUGCUGCAGGGGCACGAACGCUCCAUCACACAGAUCAAGUUUAACCGAGAGGGCGACCUGCUCUUCUCCGCCUCCAAGGACCCCAAGCCCAAUGUGUGGUACUCCAUCAAUGGCGAGCGGCUCGGCUCCUACGACGGCCACUCGGGGACAGUCUGGUCCAUUGACGUCAAGUGGGAUAGCUCGCUCUUCAUCACGGGAUCUGCUGACCAGACUAUGAGGAUCUGGGACGUGGAGACAGGCACCAGCAACACCACUCUGGAAAUGAAGACCUCCGUGCGUGGUGUCAGCUUCUCCUACUCCGGCACCAUGAUUGCCUACACCACCGACAAAAUGAUGGGCCACAACUCCGAGCUGAAUAUUAUUGACGUGCGGGAACCCAACAAUGUCGACUCCACGCCAAUCAUGAAGACACAGGUCACCCCAAACAACACCAAGGCGCUGUCUGUGCUGUGGGGGCCACUGGACGAGUAUGUGGUCACUGGACACGAGGACGGCUCCAUCAUCAAGUGGGACAUGCGCACUGGGAAGAAGAUUGAGAUUGGACAGGAGCACAACAAGCAGAUCAAGGACAUGCAGCUGAGUCACGACGGCAUGAUGCUCAUCACUGCUAGCAAGGACACCACCGCAAGACUCUGGGACAUCACUAACCUGGAGGCACUCAAAAUGUACAAGACAGACCGCCCUGUCAACUCAGCCGCCAUCUCACCCCUCGUGGACACCUACCCGCAUGUGGUGAUGGGCGGUGGACAGGAGGCUAUGGAUGUCACCACCACCUCCUCAAGGAUCGGGAAAUUUGACGCGCGUUUCUUCCACUUGGUGUUUGAGGAGGAAUUUGCGAGGGUGAAGGGGCAUUUUGGACCCAUCAACUCCAUCUGCUUCCACCCUAAUGGCCGCGGGUAUGCCAGUGGUGGAGAGGACGGUUAUGUCAGGGUGCAUGUGUUUGAUGACGCGUAUUACCAGUUCAAGUUUGACUUCUAAUAAAUCUGUGAAAUCA